ACGUUCGCACACACUUUCUUUCUACUUGCAGCCUGCUCCUGCUCUUAUACGACUAACGAGACGGAAAGCUACAUACAAAGUACUAUAUUAAGUACUUUUGUGCGUAUAGAUUUUGUUGUUGUUACAUAUUUAUUACAGUUUAACACAACGUAUAAUUUUCUUAAUAAAUCAUUGUCAAGAAACACGUAAAAUGAAUCAUUUGAUGUGUAUUUCGUACAGGUCUUCAUGCUGUUGGUUACACCGAUCACAGUCUUUAUUGUCGACAUUAAGUUCUGAAAUACAAAUACCACCUAGGAUAGAACGGAAACCUACUGAUAUUUUACGUGCGCUUGAACGUACAGUGUUAGAAGAUCCGAUAAGAACUCGUUACAUAUUUCAUGAUGAUCCCUACUUAAUUCCAACGAAAAAACUGGACUAUAAUAUUUUUGCAUUGUCAUAUAAGUCUGGUAAAGAUACAGCAAUGUGGAUUCACAAAGAACAUGCAAAUUUAUUUCCAAAAGACCUUUCAGUACCAAGAAUCAAAGCAUUUGUACCACAAAAGGUAUGCAAAGAUAAAAGUGAAGCAUCGGAAGAGGCAUUAUUGCAAGCUAUAGCAGAAACAAACGUCUCAAAUGCAUUAAAUAUUUACGACCUGUUGGAUGGUGAUGUUUCCAAUGCAGCCAAACAAAGUCUUUUAGAAUUAUUGUGUUUCACUAAUGGUAAAGAGGAUGUAUUUCAAAUGAUAUCAACUAAACAAUGGUUCUUUAAUACAAAAUUGACCAAGAUAUGGACGCCCAAUGCAAUAAGAGAAGAAUUAUAUAAUUUCUUGAUAACUCAAGAUUCCGUGACAGUAUCCAAGGCUCAUAAUGCUAUGAUCUGUGGCUACAUGUUGUGGAAAAAAUUUCAAGAGGCCUGGUUGUUGUUUCAACAUUGUCAGAUAAACGAUAUUCCAUUAAAUAUCAAUACUUACAAUUAUAUUAUCACCGUACUUCCAAUGUUGUACCGUGAUGAUAAUUUGGAGUUAGAAAGUUCAUUAUACAAUAUUCUUAGAGAUAUGAACGACAAAAAAAUUGCACCAAACGUUAGAACAUUGAAUGCUGCUCUUAGCGUAGCAUCUUCAAUUUCAGAUAUUAUCACAGCUGAGAGCCUUGCAAAACAUUUACUUAUUGAAUUCAAAAGAAUUAAUAUAAAAUUUUCGUUAGCGACAUAUGAUUAUGCUAUUAGUAUAUUUACUCGAGCAGGCGAUAUAGGAUACGGUUGUUUCAUGGACAUUUUAAACUCGGUUGCACAACAGAGUUUCACUAUGCAGGACGUGGAAGAUGCAAGAUUUUUUAUCACAGCCAUCGACACAGCCUUUUACACUUAUCGCGAUAAAGUGACUGGUCAAAAAGUGUUCGAUUUUCUUUUCACUGGAGACAAUUAUAAAUUUUUAUACGAUUUUGUGAAAGAAAGUGCUUUCUUUCACUCGUAUUUAUUGUUAAUGCUAUCAACAAACACGCUCCAAGAUUUCUUUAAACAUUACCAGAAAAUUGUGCCGUAUUUUUACGUACCGAAUCAUCACAUUUUUAAAGAAAUUUUAACUUCUAUGGAAGUGUGUUCAACAGAAGAGAUAGCAGAGUGUUUACCGAGAUUCUGGUCAGAUAUAGAUACGCUCGGUAAUUUGAACUCAGACAUAAGUAUGCUUGCAAUGCAAGCAAUGUCGCGUAUAGUUUCACAAGUUCAGCCGUCAACAAAAGCAGUUAUCGCAAGUGCGGCUAAGACAAUUUGGGAACAUAUGAAGAAGGAAAUGGUAACACUGGGAAGGAUACAAAUUUCAACUGGUACUGUCGCUUCCAUAGCCAUAAUCUUACUAAAAAGCGGUGAUGCAGAAAGUGCUAUGAAUAUUUUAACAUACGCCAUCAAUAAUUUCAACUCGUUUGUACCAACAAUGACCAGACUACAAGUAGACGAAUUAUUUGAGCUAUGUAUUUCAGGGCAUUAUUUUACAGAAGCUCUUCUUGUUCUCGAAUACAGUAUAAACGUAGGAUUCCAACACACUAUGGAAAUGGCUAAAACGUUGUAUGAUAAUAAGGAAAAUCUCACUAACGAUGAACUUGAGAAAUUGCAAGCUUUAAUGAAAGAUGAUGUAGGAAGUUGUUUUGAUAAUCAGAACGAAACUAAUUUCAAAUCAAUGGAAUAAAGAAAUAUUUCUUAACAUCGUAACUCACUCGACCAUUUGAAGGAGUGGAGUACUACGGUACCAACCGAUACCAGAACGUUAAACCAAACCUCGGGAGAUCG